AUGAAGACCCUUUCUGCACCUCGGUCCAGGUCCCUGUGCUUGGCUCUUCUGCUGUCAGGCUUGCUGUCUUCCGGAUACGCUCUCCCUCACCUCCGCAGCUUAGACGGCUCCAGCCUCUCUUCACCUCCAAUCAGUGACGCUAAUGAUUCUCCAAGACUCCACAGCCAGUGGGAGGUGCUCUACCCUUCCAUCUCCCUUCGUGAUUGGAGCGUUCAAAUGAUGUCCCCACCGGAACUCACCGCCCCCAAGCUCAAACCCCGCCUCCUAUCUGCUCUGGCCUGGCUGCCCAGCAGUCAAUCAGAGGAAGAGUCCCUGGUCCAAGAAGAAGGGUUGGGCAAGAACUGGCCCUCUGAUUGGUCAGCGCAGGCUGCUGACGCGGAGAAGAGGAAUAUAGUGGUAGCAGAUGACGCAGCAUUUAGAGAAAAAAGCAAACUACUGACAGCCAUGGACAGACAGAAAUGGCUCAACUCUUACAUGCAGAAACUGCUGGUCGUCAAUUCACCAUAA